AUGAAGUUCUUCUUGGUCAUUGGGGCAUUGAGUGCCUUGACCGCGACCGUCUCGGCCGUCAAGGUGAAUCCACUUCCCGCGCCCCGCAACAUCACCUGGGGCUCGUCGGGUCCGAUUUCCGUCAAAGAGCUCUCCUUGCGUACCACCGACGCCCAAGGACACACCCAUCAAAUUGUCAACAAAGCUUGGGAACGUGCCUGGGCCACCAUCAGUACCCUCCAAUGGGUUCCCGCCGCUACCGAAGCUUCAAUCUCCUCUUUCCAGCCCUUCCCGACCGGCGCGGGCUUGACCAAGACCAAGCGCAGUGCCAACCCAAUCAGGUCCAUUCAGCUCACCCUGGUCGAUGGUGAUGCCGAUCUUCAGCACGGAGUCGAUGAGUCCUACACAUUGGAGGUGUCCGAGUCUUCUGGCAGUGUCAAGAUCCACGCGCAGACUGUCUGGGGUGCCCUGCACGCGUUCACAACUCUGCAGCAGCUCAUUAUCUCCGAUGGAAAUGGUGGUCUGAUAAUUGAGGAGCCGGUUCUCAUCCAGGACGCGCCUCUCUACCCGUACCGUGGCAUCAUGAUUGACACGGGCCGCAACUUUAUAUCCUUGCCCAAGAUCUUUGAACAAAUCGAUGGCAUGGCUCUGUCUAAGCUCAAUGUGCUCCACUGGCACCUGGACGACUCCCAGUCCUGGCCUAUGCAUAUGAACUCCUACCCUGAGAUGGUCAAGGACGCAUACUCGCCCCGGGAAACAUACUCUACGAAUGAUAUGCGUAGCGUGAUUGCCUAUGCCCGCGCCCGUGGUGUGCGUGUCAUUCCCGAGGUCGACAUGCCCGGUCACUCGGCCUCUGGCUGGCAGCAGGUGGAUCCUGAAAUUGUGGCUUGCGCCAACUCCUGGUGGUCGAAUGAUGACUGGACAUAUCACACCGCCGUGGAGCCGAACCCUGGCCAGCUGGAUAUUAUCUACAACAAGACCUACGAGGUUGUGGCCAACGUGUACAACGAGCUAUCAGGAAUCUUCACCGACAACUGGUUCCAUGUGGGUGCCGACGAACUCCAGCCCGGAUGCUACAACUUCAGCACCCACGUCACCGAGUGGUUCCUGGAGGAUCCCUCCCGUACCUACAACGACUUGGCCCAGUAUUGGGUUGACCAUGCCGUGCCCAUCUUCCGGAAUGUCAGCCCCGAUCGCAAGAUCAUGAUGUGGGAGGAUAUCACUCUGUCUACCGAGGCCGCACACGAUGUUCCCGACGACAUUGUCAUGCAGACCUGGAACAACGGCCUGACUAACAUCCAGAACCUCACUGCGCGCGGUUACGAUGUUAUCGUCUCCUCCUCCGACUGGCUGUAUCUAGACUGCGGCCACGGUGGGGCUAUAGGCAACGACCCCCGAUACGACGUGAUGUCCAACCCAAGCGGCGACGUGACCUUCAACUACGGCGGCGCCGGUGGUUCCUGGUGUGCCCCGUACAAGACCUGGCAGCGCAUCUACGACUACGACUUCCUUACGAACCUCACCGAUACCCAAGCCAAACACAUCCUCGGCGCUGAAGCUCCUCUGUGGUCAGAGCAGGUUGACGAUGUCACCAUCUCGAACCUCAUGUGGCCCCGUGCUGCUGCUCUCGCUGAGCUCGUGUGGUCCGGCAACCGCGACGAACAUGGCAAAAAGCGCACCACCCUCCUCACCCAGCGCCUGCUUAACUUCCGCGAAUACCUAGUCGCGAAUGGUGUCAUGGCCACAGCCCUAAUGCCCAAGUACUGUCUGCAGCAUCCGCAUGCCUGCGACUUUUACUACAAUCAGAGCGUGAUUACCUGA